AUGAGGACGGCGGGACGCGCGGCAUUGCUGGCCGCGCUGCUGCUCCUGGCACAGCUGCGCCCGGGGAGCAGCCAGUGGAGUCGGGAGGAGGCGGCGGCGGCCGCCGGGUUCCGAGAUCCGAGUCUGCGCUGGAGCCCCGGGACAAGGAACCACGGCGGCGGGGCCCACGCGCUCCUCUUGCUGCUGGCGGAGCGCUUCCCGCGCCGCCGGGCGGAGCAGGGCCGAUGGGGAUCCAGGACGGCAGGUGAGCGGCUGCGACGGGACGACCCUCCCCUGUCCAUUGACCUCACCUUCCACCUACUACGGACCCUGCUGGAACUCGCGCGGACGCAGAGCCAGAGGGAGCGCGCCGAGCAGAACCGCAUCAUAUUCGACUCGGUGGGCAAGUGA